UGCAUACUUUUAGGAGUUUUAAAAAGUAAAGAAACAGCAUCCAUACCCUCAUUAAGACAAAUAGAAUAUAUUAUUCUUAAAUUUCGUAUAAAUAUAGGAAAUAUAGAAAACAAUUUUUAAAAUAAAAAUGAGCGAAUUUCAAAAUGUGCCUGCCGCAGGAGAUGAUUUAAACACAGAAUCCGUGGAAGUAUUACGUGAACGCCUCAACACCAUGAAACGUUUAAUGGCCGAACGCACUGCCCAACAACAAGAUAAUCCGGCUAGCACCGAAGAGAUUUGGUCCACCAGACGUCACACUUCAUCUGGUAUCAUUGAUGGUAAUUUUCUCAGCAUGGCCUUCGGUGGUGCCUUGCUGGUUAUAGUCUCUGUAUCCGUUUACGCGUUUUACAAUUUGUACCAUGCUAUUCUUAAGAAAUUCCCAUCAAAACACGAAGAAUUGUAAAUAAAUUUAAUGAUUUUAAUAUUUAGUAAAACUUAAGAAAAACCAUGAAACUUUUAAUUUUAAAUGAAGUCGAGC